AUGUCGGCCGCACUAAAGGCGAUGCGGCUCCCUUUAAGCCGCGAAAUUCCCCGCACGCCGCAUUUAGUUGCCGGGUGGCGCGGAUUUGCUCAAGUCAUGAAUUCUGAGAACUUUCCCACGGAAGAUGAUAAGCCUUUUACAGUGCCUAUUUCGGGCGAGAGCUUCGACACCUACAACUUCGAGCCGCCACCUUCUUCCGUCACUGUCACCAAGAAUCAACUCAAACAGCUCUAUCGUGACAUGGCAAUAGUCAGGCGCAUGGAACUGGCCGCCGACGGAUUAUACAAAGACAGAAAGAUCCGUGGUUUCUGUCACCUGUCGAUAGGGCAAGAGGCAGUUGCGGUAGGAAUUGAGCAUGCGAUUGAACGAGAUGAUAAGCUCAUCACGGCCUAUCGCUCUCAUGGAUUUACCUAUAUGCGCGGCGCUACCAUCAGGUCCAUCCUUGGCGAACUUCUCGCCCGCCGAGACGGUAUAGCCCAUGGAAAGGGCGGAUCGAUGCAUAUGUACACCAAGAGCUUCUUCGGGGGAAAUGGAAUAGUUGGUGCCAGCGUGCCGCUGGGCGCUGGCAUUGCGUUCGCCCAGCAAUACGACGAGACCGGAAAAAUCACUGUCAAUCUAUAUGGAGACGGAGCCGCGAAUCAAGGACAGGUGCACGAGACCUUUAACAUGGCCAAGUUGUGGAAUCUUCCCGUGAUGUUCGGCUGUGAGAACAACAAAUACGGAAUGGGUACCUCGGCUGAAAGAUCUUCUGCCAUGACAGACUACUACAAGCGAGGUCAAUACAUUCCUGGUCUCCGGAUAGAUGGAAUGGACGUCCUGGCUGUGCUAGCCGCAGUCAGACACGGACGAGAAUUCGUCAAAGCCGGCAAUGGCCCUGUAAUCUACGAAUAUGUCACCUAUCGAUACGCCGGCCACUCCAUGUCGGAUCCUGGAAUUGCCUAUCGAAGCCGGGAUGAAUUGCAACAGAACCGUGCCAAUGACCCACUUAGUAAUUUGAAGGCGAAAUUAAUCGAUUGGGGCAUCAUGACAGACGCUGAAGUCAAGACAAUGGAAAAGAACAUAAGGACGAUGGUGAAUGAAGAGGUUCGAAAGGCAGAGGAGAUGCCUGCACCCGAAGAGCAUCCCAAUAUUCUUUUUGAAGAUAUUUACGUGCCUGGCAGUGAGCCUGCUCAGAGACGAGGCAGGACAGUUGAUGAAACUUGGUACUAG